GCUUGCCUGAAAGCAGCUAGAGCAGUAUCGCGGAGUAUACAAGACUGAGAAAAUCGUGUUUCUAUUGGCUUUGUCUCGAAAUAUUCAGUGACUUACGGUUAGAUUAUAAAUAAAAAAAAAAAACAUUUGAAUUUUUUACCGGGAAAAUGUUUUUUCUGUGGCGGGAAAUUUGACUGCAUUUUUCGGUAGUAGACCUCUUGAACACAGGGUGGAACUUUGGAAUUCGCAGAAUUUUGGGACCCACCCCCGAAUAAAUAUUUUGCAAUAGCAUUUUGUGAUUGUUUUGUGUAUAUUUUGGAUUGUUUAUUUCAUGAAGUGUUGGAUUAACAAGAUUGAACAUGUGAAAAGUGAUGGCAGGCCUCAGUCGCCCACGCCCACCCAACAUACCCACCACCAACCUUCAUCAGUUCAAAGUAUCUUGAAGCUACCAUUGCCGUAAUGGAUCACAGCGUGAAAGCCAUGACGUCACCGCGUGUGCUGGCACGUGCCGUGAAUCCGCACCGGUUCGAAAACGACGAACUGGAACAGCUCUAUCAACGCUAUAUCUGCAAAUUACAGCACUCCAGCGUUGUUGCCGUUGUAGCGCUGUUUGUACUGUUGACGUUUCUAUUGGCUAAUUUAGGAUUGGUCUAUUCACAAGCAGCUACUACUCAAAACGUCUUCCACGCGGCCCAUUGUAUCCUGUUCGCGUUGCUCCUGGGGUUCCUGCACACGCGGUUCAUGCAAGACGCUUACCUCCUUUGGGUAUGCUACGUGGUGCUAUUUUUUCUUGCGACUUUCUGCGCUUUGGCGCUGCCAUUAUAUCCAAGCAGUACUAUUACGAAAGUUGCCGCAGAAGGAACAUGGCAGGUUGUCUUCGUGAUCUUUUUAGCAUACGCGAUGAUGCCUUUGAAGUCUUGGGUAGCUGGCGUAUUCGGAUUUUUGCUUUGUGCCGCCCACGUUGCAGUUUCGGCAGUGUUUGCUACGGAUUUUCCCCAUCUACGCUGGCAACAGCUAUCUGCCAACGUAGUCGUGUUCCUGUGCGUCAACAUUGUCGGAAUUUUCAUGCACAAUCUCAUGGAACAUGCACAGCGAAAGGCAUUUCUAGACACCAGAAAUUGCAUUGCGGCACGACUGGAAAUGGAGGAUGAGAACGAGAAACUGGAGCGACUGCUUUUGUCGGUCCUUCCCCAACAUGUGGCCAUGGAAAUGAAAAACGAUAUCAUAUCGCCUGUCGAAGGCCAAUUCCACAAGAUCUAUAUCCAGAAACAUGAGAAUGUCAGCAUUUUGUUCGCCGAUAUCGUUGGUUUCACCGUUUUGGCUUCACAAUGCACCGCACAGGAGUUGGUACGCUUGCUCAAUGAGCUCUUUGGAAGAUUCGAUCAAUUGGCAAACGAUAAUCACUGUCUUCGGAUCAAAAUUCUCGGCGACUGCUACUACUGCGUUUCAGGACUCCCAGACCCGCGCUCGGAUCAUGCCCAUUGUACCGUGGAAAUGGGUCUGGAUAUGAUCGAUGCCAUUGCCAGCGUGGUCGAAGCCACAGACGUGCAACUGAACAUGAGAGUCGGUAUUCACUCGGGUAGAGUGCUUUGUGGUGUUUUGGGACUCCGCAAGUGGCAGUACGACGUUUGGUCCAAUGACGUUACACUGGCUAAUAAUAUGGAAGCUGGAGGUGAACCCGGGAGAGUUCACAUAACACAAGCUACACUGGAUUACUUAGGGGGAGAGUACGAGGUUGAACCAGGAAAUGGAGGUUCCAGGAACCAAUACCUCCGUGACCACUGUGUCACAACUUAUUUUAUUGUACCACCUGCUCGAAGGAGGAAGGUUCGGUCCGCUUUGGGUGCUGCUCAGCGACGAAAGCUCAGCUUCAAGAACGUCAGCAACGUGGUCGUGCAGCUGCUCCACUCUAUCAAGUACUCCAUGGAGGUUCCCUUCAGCAACAUGGCUCUACAACCGGACAUGAAAACGACGAGUACCAGGAAGGUAGCAGACCUGCAGAGGGUGCUUCACAGAGACCCCACGGGUGAACAACAAGGUGCCCAGUCUAGUGGGAAUAAUAAAGUGACAGAAAAAUUCAAAAGGCCAUUCAAAAAGAGGCAUUCCAGCGUUUACCACCAACCCUCCAACCGAGUAAACAAAUAUUUAGCUCAAGCGAUUGAAGCAAGAAGUGUGGACAGGGAGAAAUCCACUCACGUUAGUUUGUUUACUCUGUGUUUUAAGGAUAAGAAUAAGGAAAAUCAGUACCACGAUGACUUGGAUGUAGGCUACAGCUCCACCCUAGCCUGCGCCCUAGUACUACUUCUUCUACUCGGGACUUUGCAGGCUACAGUACUACCCAGAACGAUAAUACUUUUACUACUAUUCCUAGUUGCAUUCAUUUGGAUUUCCGCUAUUCUUAUACUAUUAUUAGCAGUGCGUCUAAGAUGGAUUUUAUGGGACAUAUCUCACAGUUUUGUACUACGAUUGGCUAUCACAGUGUUCACGAUUGUACUGAUAUAUACUGUGGCGCAAGUCAAUGUGUUCACAUGCAGGUCAGAGGAACCAUGUAUUUCCCAUAAUACUCAAAAUAUUACUCUGGACACUGGUUCACCUAUGGAAAGAGACCACAGAGCGUGUCCUUUACCACAAUAUAUUGUACUCUCUUGUGCUCUUGGAUAUUUAGCAGUGGCCAUAUUCCUAAGGCUACCUAUUCUACUUAAGGCAUCAUUGCUAAUCAUUAUGUCUACAAUUUAUAUACUACUUAUUGAGAUUUCUCAUAUAGAUCUUUUCAAUUGCUAUGACAGUCGAGUUGGAUCAAUAAUUCCAGCCCACGUUAUCAGUGUAGUUGAAGUACUUAUGUUUGUUUUGGCAGUUCUCUUGCAUGGUAGACAAGUAGAAUGGACUGCCAGGCUAGAUUUUCUAUGGCAGGUGCAAGCCAACGAAGAAAAACGUGAAAUGGAUGCUUUACAGCAUUCAAAUAAAAGGAUAUUAUUUAACCUGUUGCCUGCGCAUGUGGCUACUCAUUUUUUGGAUAACCAGUUUCGAAAUAAUAUGAAUACUCUAUCACAGGAAUUGUAUCAUCAAAGUUACUCAAGAGUGGGCGUGGUUUUCGCCUCAAUCACCAACUACCAUGAGUUUUACACCGAACUGGACGGUAAUAACCAAGGAGUAGAAUGUUUAAGGCUUCUGAAUGAAAUUAUAGCGGAUUUUGAUGAUUUACUUAGUGAAGAACGAUUUAGGGCUAUUGAUAAGAUUAAAACUGUGGGAUCUACUUAUAUGGCUGCAGUUGGACUCAUGCCAGAUUUGAGGAUUUUGGAUGAUGAUGAAUCAACGGCUGGGAUACAUUUGGGCACUCUGGUUGAAUUUGUUUUUGCAAUGCGAGAAAGACUGUUGAACAUCAAUGAAAAUUCUUACAAUAAUUUUAUGCUUAGAGUGGGUAUAAACAUCGGUCCAGUUGUGGCUGGUGUUAUUGGUGCCCGUAAACCUCAAUACGACAUUUGGGGUAAUACAGUCAACGUAGCCAGUAGAAUGGAUUCAACAGGACUGCCGAAUCACACACAAGUUACUGAAGAAGUUUAUCAAGUUUUGAGAAAUUACCCGUAUGAAUUCCAGUGCAGAGGCAAAGUUAAGGUGAAAGGGAAAGGAGAUAUGACAACAUAUUUUUUGAUUGACAGAAAACAGCCUGGAACUUUGAGAGUGGAGGAGCUUAAUAAUAUUAGGACCAAUCCGAAUAAUGUUAAUAAUUUAAACAACCUCUACGGUGGUGUGGCCACACCUUUAGCCUUACUCCACGGCGAUAAUAUAAGGCCAAAACACAUGCAGCUACAAAGUCGUCAAAGUUCAAGAGAAGAUAGUUAUAGAAACGCUAUGCGUUUGCCCCCUCUACGAGAAACAAAUCAUCGAGAUAUUAUUUUAGGCGGCUGCGAAAACGAGCCUUUACUUCCAGGAGCUAUGGUAAAACCCAAUGGUAAAAACGGCAACAGCAAAAAAAGUGGAAUGCUUGAAGAAAGUCUACCGCCACCUCCGUUACCGCCCCAUAAAUCUUCAUUUCAACCAAAUAAUUCCGUCAGGCAACAGCAACAACUACCUGACAUGAGGUACAAUCCCCCAUGGCCCAGAGCUCAGCAGCCUUUUGUCUCUAUAAACCCGGCUUCUGUAGAUAAUAUUAAACCAUAUCUAAAACCCCUCCCUAAGCCUCCUGGCAAAGAAUCACCUAAUCGGCAUCCUAGAAGACUACACAACCCGAGUCCUGCACCACCGCCACAUCAUGCUAGCCCACUAAUGCCCAGACACAAUAUUAUUAAUAUUGCGCUUCAGCGGGCUACGCCCGAAAAAACUCCUGAAUUACUUAGAAGUAAUAAAGCUAAAAAUAGUCCAUUACAUGCUAGGAAGAGUCCUCAUCAUCACAGACAUAGUCCGUUACAGCGUCACUAUUCUGAUGAGAGUUUAGGAGGAAUGUAUAGCAGUGCUCCACAAAGAAUUCAUUCAUCGGCUGAUGAAAUAAGUUCCCUAAACCAUUCGCCAAGUAUAAGUAGUUCAGAUGAAAGUUAUAGUAGAACCACUGAUGCUGAUGCCUCUCCAUGUGUUAGUCCUCCAAUACCAACUGACACCCAACAGUUCCUAUUUCCAUCGGACAUACAAGUGAAUCCUUUGUCCUCUCCUGAAGUAUCUCCUAGAGCUUCCUUAGACUAUAUUCCCCCGAAUUGUUCAUUGAGAAAUAACUCGAGUGAUAGGGGUAACCCUAAAAGAAACAAUUUGCCCCCAAGCGCUGUACUGGCUAUUGCUGGCACUUGUAAUACCGUCGAUUCUUCCAUAAUUACCAGUCCCCCUUGUUUGGAUGGUGAGGAUAGUUAUAGAGGAGAAAGCUGUGCGAGCUUUGAGUUUGUUGGAAGGCCCCAAAAGCGACCUCCCUCGCUUUUAAGGGCAACUAGUGCCAAUGGUGGGGCUAGUGCUAAUAAGCAGUUAUUCAAACAAAAAAGCUUGGAUAAUAAGCGACUAAGAACUGAUAGUGACUCUAUCUUGGAGUGUAACAAAUUAGCAUCCAAUUGCAAAAGAUCUCCAAGUUUUAAGGAAGCUGAAGAAAUUCAAGAGUUGUUGCUGGAUGAAGAAAAUAAAACUACAAUGAAUAGUGACAAAAGUGUUAAAAAAGAUGGAAGCUGCCAAACAGAUAAAAAAGAUUUAAGAAAGUUGAGAACUUCUCCAUUGACGUUCAGAGAUAAAAUAUCUCCAUGCAACAUAAAAGUUACCAAUUUAGAACACUGUGAUAAUACUGUAGGGCCGUUCGAGCGUGAAAUCCAAAAGCUGUUGGACGAACAAAACUUGCUGCAAAAUAUCCCGCCGAAACUUGAAAAUCAACAAAACAAAGACCUAGCGCUGGAGCCGUUGGUCAGGUACGCUCCCAACAAUAAUAACCACCAGGUGGGGCUAGCGGCCAUUCAAGCUCUAGCUCUCGGUUUAAGGGUGAACCCCACCGGCAGUGUUACCCUCCAGUGCAUGUCCCCUACCGCGCGAGCAAGCAGCAAUGAAGGGUCGCUUAAAAGGGGGGCCUCGUCGCCCGGACCUUCCGAGUCGAAUAAACUUGCCAAAGUAUCGCCUCUUGACAGGGCUCCAAGGAACGCAGAAGAGGUUGAUGUUGACUGUGAUAUGCCAGAAGUGCAAGCGCGAGACGAUGAUACGGAUCUUGAGAGCUUUGAGAGAGAGGAAAAGAGGAUGGAAGAAGAAACUGCAAAGGAGGCCGAAGUUAAAAGACUCUUAGAAGAGAAAAUUCAGGAUAAACUUGAGAAUAUAAAUACCACAACGUCGCAAGAGCAUCAAGUUUCCUCAACGGCCGCAGCAGGAACAGAAGGAAGUGUCUCUGAAUGGUCCGAAGACGAAGACGGUGGUGCUUCUGAGCCACUACUCAAUGAUAGGGAAAGUACAGGGUAUACUACAGACGAUCCGGCGUUAGAAAAUAUUAGUAUGAUUAACGAAGCUGGAUUGACUGAUGCGGAGGGAGCUCUUAGUGAUGUUAACUCCGCCUACAACGACCAUAACCAUGACGGCGACAUGGACGACAACACUAGCAUGUCAUCGCGGGCGUCAUCACGCAUCUUUGAUUCAGAUGCCAUGAUGUCUCUGGACUCGUUAAGCGCACUUUAUGAUUCUGAAUAUGAUAACUGCUAUAGAACGGACGACGAUCUUAACGCGAUGCCUGACUUGGACAGAUUAAAUUAUUUUUCAGUGCCUGUGGUAAGUGAUGUGCAUCUAGCUAAUAUUCGGUCAAUGAGCGAGAGCAUCACAAGAAACUUUGGACAGCCUCGUAGCGAAACCGAUCCAGACAGUGAUGUGUAAAUUAAAUUUCUAGAUUUUCUAUUUUGUAAUGAAUAAUUGCGCCGAUACAAAGUUAAAUGAUUUGUGCCUGAUCAAAAAUUUCAGGUCAGGAGUUUUCAUAACUAAACAAUUUAUUUUAUAAAUGACUAUAUAGGGGUGGUUUUCUAUGCCUCUCAAUUUAUCCAUUUCGAUAUAAAUUUUAAUAUAGAGUACCUACCUACCUAUGACUUUUUAUACUUGAUCUAGAUUUUUAGGAUUCAAGAAAAAAAUAUUCUCAAAUCAUUUAAUUGUGUAUUUAACCGAGUCGCAGGUCGCAGGGCAAAAUAGAAAUGGGUAGUUACAAUUUUUAUAAACUGAAUCAUAGAUUCCUUAAUGCACAAUAUCAUUAGUGAGAUGUUUCUUUUGCAGAUUUAUUUCCACUUAUUUAUUCACUUUACCAAUCAAAAUUGAAAAUAAUAUUUUAUAUGACAGAUACGGUUAAUUUAUUUUUAGAGAUAAUUACCAAACAGCAAAUCCCCAAUAAUUUCCACUCGUAUUGUUUUUUGUUUGAAAGUAACUGCUAUGCUCAUUUUUUUUUGGAGAUAAACUUGCUUUGGAUUUUUGUGAUCCCCAGCGGCUGGGUUAAUAUGAAUUUCGCAGCAAUUUAUUCUCAGGUUUUUGUAGCGCGUUAUUUGAGUAUCUACAUGUUCUUAUCGUUUUCUGAUAAACAGUAACCAAUAUAAUUGUCUAUGUUAUUUCAUGGUUAAUUCACUUUGUUAGCAAUCAUUGCAAAUGUAAUCAUAACCCAUUUAUCCAAGUGUUUCUAAAAUGCAUCUUAUCAUACCAAUCUGUAAUAUUGAAUUGAAUUAUUAAUGAAAAAUAACUCAAUUUUCUUUUUGUACAAAAAAAAAAAUGUACAGGUUAAUUCUGUAGAUAUUAUAUUAUGUUCGGUGCUUUAUAUACUAUAAAAUUGUACUGAAUUAUGUGAUUCUAUUCGUACUAUUAUUAAUUAAUAAUAUUUAGGCAGCUCUCUAUAUUAUUACCAAGAAAAUGUAUUUUGCGUCCUCUAGUUAAGAUUAAUUAUAUAAUAAUGUGUUUUUGAUUUACAUAAUCAUUAUGUCAUUUUUUGAAAGAUGUCUUUAUGUAUAGUGGUGAACCAAAGAAAAAUAAACAAAAAGUCUUUUUUAGGUGUAGCAAAAACUAUUUUUUAAUGUGACAGACUAAGCAUUAAAAAAGUAUUGCUACUUUAAUUAAGCUUUCUAAAAAUAUUACCAUAGCACUGUGAUUUAGUAAAACAUACUUGAAUCUCGAAUGUGAGUUGAAUAAAACUUUGGCUUCAAAUAAAAAUAUGCAUAUUGAUAAUAUUCUGUUCAGGAUGUUUUUACUAAAAUACUUUGUGCUAGGAUUUUAUUUAUUUAUUUUUUUCACAUAGGUAUUACUUUUCUUGUCUAAAUUUUUAUGCUAUGACUAGAUAUUUUAUUAUAACGAUAUUAUUUUACUCAUUGUUCUAUUUUGUUUUGUGUGUGUAUUUCUAAUGCAAGAGGGAACUUUAUAAAAUUGAGAUAAAAAGCUGUUCCUUCUCAUUGGAAAUUCACCUUGUGCAAUACCUAAAGAAUCGUUUGUGACAAAGAAGAUUCAGUUAUUUUCUUAAAUUUGUAGAAUAUAUUAAUAUGCUCAUGCUAUUAUCGUAUCAUCAAUUUUCACUAUUUAUUAUUUGCAAAUUUUUAUACUUACCCUAAUUUAAGAGUUAUAUUAUUAUUGUUUGUUACUUAAAAAAUGUCUGAAAGCUAUUAUGCCGAUAUUAACCUACUAUUGAUAAUAUUAAUUAAUUAUUUAAUAAAUAAUAAAAACUAAUAUUAGGAAUGCUCUAUGGUCUAUAAAAACGUUUUUUCACUGAACGAUAAGAACGUUUUUAGGAGCCUAAACUUGUAAAAAUUCAUAUUCAUUUUCUGUGAUCACCACUAGAUUAAACUUGUAAUUGGUGAUAAUACACAUUUAACUUGUAAAUAAAGAAUUAUACUUACUUUGAAAUUUUA